UGUCAUACAUUUAUAUAUUAAAGAUAUUUACGUUACAAUUUACAAUACAAAAGGAACAAAUUAUGAAAUAUUUAAGAAAGAACUUGAGAAUGAGGGAUAGUUGAAAUCUUGCUAAUUUUUUCAUGGUCAGACGCGUCUCGAUUCUCAUCGAAAGAUGAUAUGCAUUGUGAAACAGCAUUUCAAACUCAAUCGUGUUCUUUUACUUGCAAUUGGCUUAUGGCCUUAUCACCAAUCAUUAUUCGUUCGAUUUCAGCGAAUCUUGCUUAUUGGUAUUCUGAUAAGUAGUGCUGUAUUUCAGUUUACAGUAUUUUUGACUUCAGAAUGUACACUUGACUUUGUUAUCAAAAUUCUCUCUUCCGUAUUAUAUUUUAUGAUAUUUAUGAUUAAAUACAACUCGUUUUGGGUUAAUUUUCAAGCCGUGAAAAGUUUAUUGGAGCAACUUCAAAAUAUUUGUAAUGAGUUAAAAGAUGAGAAUGAAGUUGUUAUUAUGAAAAAAUAUGGGAACAACGCAAAAUGUUAUACAACUAGAAUAAUAGGGGUUUCAAUGUUCAGCAUAUUUAUUUCCUUUUUUGUGCCAAUAUGGCCGCGUAUUCUUGAUAUUGUUCUGCCCAUGAAUGAAUCUCGAUCACGUUCUACACUAUUACAUCUGACCCAGUACUUUGUCGAUCAGGAAAAGUAUUAUUAUUUAAUUGUCUUGCACAUGAACGCAGCCAUGUGUAUAGGGGGAACUGCAAUUAUAGGAACAGGAACAAUGCUCAUAGCAUACCUCAAACAUGCUUGCGGAAUGUUUACAAUUGCCAGUUACCGUAUCGAGCAAGCAAUGACAGUUAAUAAUUUACAAAAUAGCUUACAGAAUGAGAUUUUAAUUUAUAAGGAAAUAAUUUGUGCAGUGGACGUUCAUUGCAAAGCUAUAGAAUUCUCCAAAUCUUUAAUAUCUAGUUUUGAGGGAUCAUUCUUUUUUUUAAUAGGAUUUGGUGUGAUUUGUUUGAGUCUCAACCUUUUUGAAAUGUAUCAGACUUUAUCGUAUGGAGAUGAUAGAGAAGAAUUUUUAUUUCACUUUAUAAUUGUAAACCUAAUUCUUUUAUACAUGUUCUUAGCUAACUAUGCCGGACAAGAAAUAAUAGAUCACAAUAAUCAUAUAUUUUAUACCGCAUACAACGUUCGCUGGUAUGUAGCACCGUUACACGUACAGAAACAGAUAUUAUUUAUAUUACAAAGGAGCACCAAAGCUGUUAGUCUAAAUGUGGGUGGACUGUUCGCAGCAUCCUUAAACUGCUUUGCCUCCGUAAAUAUCAUUUAUGAAGAUAUUUAA